AUGUCGUUCGACACUCCAGUAACAGCUGGGCCCACUGUGGGCAGUGCCUCCAUGGGAGAGUGCCAAGCUUUAUGUGCUGCGCACCACUAUCGAUCGAAGAUGGUGAUGCUCUCCUCGGUAGCAACUCGGCCGCUCCCAUGGACGAGCUCGAUCCAGGCUAGAGGCACUUGGUCGCAUUGGAAUCGAGUGAUCAGUUGCAUGAAACAUUACAUUGGGCACACUAAACUGUCUGUUCCCCAUUGUCGCGAACGGAGGGAAAGAGUUGUGAAGCAUCCAAAUCAUCACUUGGGACCCUUCACGAUUCAGGGGCAUGUUCUGGAGAGCAAACAGGACAAAAGCAGACUCGACAGGAGAAUGAGUACGUGUGCCGAACCCACUCCGCUCACAGUAUUCAUUGCUCAUCGAGGUAUUCAGGGACUCACUACAAGUUAUGACCACGCCAAGUCUGAAGGUGGACAUCCCAGACCGGGAUCGAGGCUGGAAGAGCGGCCCGGCACGCUGAAGCUUCUCCAUAUGAUAUGGCAUUCAGUGUCCAGCCGACAAUUAGCUAGGAAUGAGUCAUCACUGGUACUUGUUUUCCCGGAGGUGGCUAACACCAAUGCGUCGGCGGAAGGUGUCAUCUUGAUCCUCCUUAAAGCCGCAAGUAAUGGUCAGCAGGGCGGAAGGAAGCCUUCGAAAAUGGAUGAGUGCCUUGGCUUAGGGCAGCGUUUGGAGAUAUGGUGGUCCUUCCCGUCCCAGGAGAGCCACGUAGCCAGACGAAUUGGCCCUCUUGCGACGUUUGAUCAUCGACCCCUAGACCUCAAAUUGCGUGCUUUCAAGGCAGUCGGACAUAUUUGUGACGUAGGUAUUGUCUACACUGAGUCGGGGGAGUUGUGA